AUGCAAAUCAAGGGAUUGCUUCUCGGUCUUGGCUGGCUGUCUACUGCAUGGGCGCAGCUUGCUGAUACCACUGACUACCCAAUCGGUCCUCUGACUUCCUCUUCUGCUAAAUGGGCUGUCAAGGUCUGCGAUAUUACGGACUAUGGAGCCGUGGCAGACGGAACCACUGAUUCUGGUCCUGCUAUUCUGGCUGCCUUUGAGGCCUGUAUCGAUGGUGGUGUAGUGAAUAUCCCCUUGGGAACUUUCGCCAUGGCCACUUGGGUCACGUUGAAUGGCGGUAAUGCUUGGGCCAUCAACUUGGAAGGAAUUAUCGUUCGCACGGGCACUGCUUCGGGCAAUAUGAUCUUCAUCGAGCAUAGUACGGACUUUGAAAUCUACUCCUCGCGUGGUGCGGGUGCCAUUCAAGGCUAUGGCUAUGUCUUCCAUGCCGAGGGGACAUACGGGCCACGUCUACUGCGUCUUUACGAUGUGACGAAUUUCGCCAUCCAUGACAUUGCCCUUGUUGAUUCUCCGCAAUUCCAUCUGACCCUCGACACCUGCAACCAGGGUGAGGUGUACAACAUGAUCAUUCGCGGUGGAAACGAGGGAGGUCUUGAUGGUAUAGAUGUGUGGGGAUUUGACAUCUGGAUUCACGAUGUUGAGGUAACAAACAAGGACGAAUGUGUUACUGUCAAGAGUCCGGCGAAUCACAUCCUUGUCGAGAAUAUCUACUGCAAUUGGUCCGGUGGUUGCGCCAUGGGCUCAUUGGGAGCCGACACCGACAUCACCAAGGUCGAAUACAAUAACAUCUACACCGUCAACUCUAACCAGAUGUUCAUGUUCAAGAGUAACGGAGGAAGCGGCUCAGUGACGGACGUAACCCUUUCAAACUUUAUCGGACAUGAGAAUGCUUAUACAUUCUACAUCGAUGCAUACUGGACAGACGAAACCUUGGCAGCAGGUGACGGCGUCCUUUACAACUCAAUCACUGUCAGCAACUGGAAAGGAACAUGCGCAAAUGGUGCUACACGAGCCCCACUCUACGUCCUUUGCCCAUCAACCCAGCCCUGUACCAACAUCAUCAUCGAAGACUUUGACAUCUGGACCGAAUCAGGAAGCAAGGAGUACUACAAGUGUGCGGAUGCGUGGGGAUCAGGAUACUGCUUGAAGGCAGGGUCCGCACACACGGAAUACGGCACUGUUACCUCGACCGUAACAUCUGCUCCGUCUGGCUACUCGGCGACAACUAUGCCUGGCCAGCUCACCGCGGGAUUGGGUCUCACUACGUCCAUUGCAAUUCCCACUGUUCCCAAUUCAUUCUUCCCUGGCGCUACACCCGCCACGGCAAGAGUUUACGGUAGCUAG